AAAAAGCCUUUCUUUUUUUUCCCUUAAACUUCUUUUUGUUGAAUAAUUAACAUGUCUUUGGCUGACUUGUCUGGUCAAUACAAUUUCCCCAAGGAGGAAGAGAAAAUUCUCGAAUUCUGGAGAGAAAUCGAUGCUUUCAAGACAUCUUUGGAAUUAAACAAGGAUAAGCCUGCUUUCAACUUCUACGAUGGACCUCCUUUCGCUACAGGUCUUCCUCAUUACGGCCACAUGUUGGCUGGUACCAUUAAGGAUAUUGUCACACGUUAUGCCCACAACACUGGUCACUCUGUUGAACGUCGUUUCGGUUGGGAUACUCAUGGUCUCCCCGUUGAGUAUGAGAUUGAUAAGAAGUUGGGUAUCACUGGUAAGCAAGAUGUUAUGGAUAUGGGUAUCGAUAAGUACAACGCCGAAUGUAGAGCUAUUGUUAUGAGAUAUUCUGGCGAAUGGCGUAAGACCGUUGAACGUAUGGCUCGUUGGAUUGAUUUUGAUAACGAUUACAAGACCUUGAACCCUACCUUCAUGGAAUCUGUCUGGUGGGUUUUCAAGCAAUUAUUUGAAAAGGGUCAAGUUUACCGUGGUCAAAGAGUCAUGCCUUAUUCUACUGGUUGUACCACUCCUUUAUCUAACUUUGAGUCUUCUCAAAAUUAUAAGGAUGUUAACGAUCCUGCCAUUGUCGUCGGUUUCCCUUUAGUCAGCGAUCCUACCACUCAACUUUUAACCUGGACUACCACUCCUUGGACUUUGCCUUCCAAUUUGGCUGUCUGUGUUGGUCCUGAAUUCGAAUAUGUUAAAAUCCAUGAUGAAUUAACCGGCAACAACUAUAUUUUGAUGGAGAAGCGUCUUACUAUUCUUUACAAGGAUCCUAAGAAGGCCAAGUUCACUAUCCUCGAAAAAUAUAAGGGUAAAGAUAUGGCAGGUUGGGAGUUUGUUCCCAUGUUCGAUUACUUUGCUGAAGAGUUCAAGGGACAAGCCUUCAAGGUUAUGGUUGAUAACUAUGUUACCGAUGAUUCUGGUACUGGUAUCGUCCAAAAUGCUCCCGCCUUUGGUGAGGACGAUUAUCGUGUCUGUCUCGCCCAUGGCGUUAUCACUGCUGAUGGUCAUUUACCUUGUCCUAUUGAUGGAUCUGGUAAGUUUACUGAUGAAGUUACCGACUAUAAGGGUAUGUAUGUCAAGGAUGCCGACAAGAUUAUCCAAAAGGACAUCAAGGCCAAGGGCCGUAUGAUUGUUCAAUCCCAAUUCAUGCAUAGUUAUCCUUUCUGUUGGAGAUCCGACACUCCUUUGAUUUACAAGGCUGUUCCUGCUUGGUUCAUUCGUGUCACUCCUGUUAUUGACAAGAUUUUAGCUUGUAACGAUCAAAUGCGUUGGGUCCCUGCUUUCAUUCAAGAGAAGCGUUUCCGUAACUGGAUUGCUAAUGCUCGUGAUUGGAAUGUCUCCCGUAACCGUUAUUGGGGUACUCCCAUGCCCGUCUGGGUCAGUGAUGAUUACCAAGAAGUUGUCUGUAUUGGUUCCAUUGCCGAAUUAGAAGAACUUAGUGGUGUCUCUCCCAUCACCGAUCUUCAUCGUGAAUCUAUUGAUCAUAUUACUAUUCCUUCCAAGCAAGGUAAGGGUACUCUUCGUCGUAUCGAAGAAGUCUUUGAUUGUUGGUUCGAGUCUGGUUCUAUGCCUUAUGCCCAACAACAUUAUCCUUUCGAGAAUGAGGACAAGGUCAAGAACUCCUUCCCUGCCGAUUUCAUCUCUGAAGGUAUUGAUCAAACUCGUGGUUGGUUCUAUACUCUUUUGGUCUUAUCCACCCAUCUUUUCAACAAGCCUCCUGCCAAGAACGUUAUUGUCUCUGGUCUCGUUUUAGCCGCUGAUGGUAAGAAGAUGAGUAAGUCCCUCAAGAAUUAUCCUGAUCCUACUCUUGUCAUUGACAAGUUUGGUUCCGAUGCCUUGAGACUCUAUCUUAUCAACUCCCCUGUUGUUCGUGCUGAAACUCUCAAGUUCAAGGAAGAAGGUGUCAAGGAAGUUAUCUCCAAGGUCUUCUUGCCCUGGUAUAACGCUUACAAGUUUUUCCUUACUCAAACUGCUGUCUUGAAGAAGGACUUUAGCUACGAUUUCCAAUAUAACCCUCACAUGCAAAAGUCUGAUAGUGUUAUGGAUCGUUGGAUUUUGGCCUCUUGUCAAUCUCUCAUCAAGUUUGUCCGUGAAGAAAUGAGCGCAUUCAGACUUUAUACUGUCGUCCCCCGUUUGUUGAAUAUGAUUGAUAUCCUUACCAACUGGUAUGUUCGUUUCAACCGUAAGAGAUUGAAGGGUGAGAAUGGUUUAGAUGAAGCCAAGUUAGCAAUGAACACUCUUUAUGAAGUCUUGCUCACUUUGUGUGGUACCAUGGCUCCUUUCACUCCUUAUUUGGUUGAAAACAUGUACCAAAACCUCAAGGGUUUCGCUCCCAAGAACCCUGAUGUUGUUGAUGAUCGUUCUAUCCAUUUCUUAGAUUUCCCCACUGUCCGUGAAGAAUACUUUGAUCCUGAGAUUGAGCGUGCUGUCGGUCGUAUGCAAUCUGUUAUCGAAUUAGGUCGUACCGUUCGUGAACGUAAGAACAUUUCUCUCAAGACACCUUUGAAGGAAUUAGUCAUCAUCCACAGUGAUCCCCAAUACCAAGCUGAUGUCAAGGCUCUCGAAUCUUAUAUCACUGAAGAAUUGAACGUCCGUAGCGUCAUCAUUACCGAUAACGAAGACAAGUAUGGUGUCAAAUAUAAGGCUGAAGCUGAUUGGAAGGUUUUGGGUCAAAAGCUCAAGAAGGAUGCCAUGAAGGUCAAGAAGGGUCUCCCUGAAAUGACCAGUGAACAAAUUAAGGAAUUCCUUGUCACUAAGGAACUUAUUGUCUCUGGUAUCAAGGUCACCGAUGAAGAUCUUAACGUCGUUCGUUACUUUGACGUCAAUGCUGAUGUUCUUUACGAAGCCAACUCAGACCGUGAGUCUUUGAUCUUAUUGGAUGUCAAGUUGUACCCUGAAUUAGAAGAAGAGGGUGUUGCUCGUGAAAUCAUUAACCGUGUUCAACGUUUAAGAAAGAAGGCCAACUUGUUGCCUACUGAUGAUAUCAACAUGUAUUACCGUUUCGCCGCUGAUUUGUCCAGCGAGUUAGAGACAAUCAUCAAGAACCAAGAAGCUACUUUAGUCAAGGUUAUCAAGAAGCCUUUAUUGGAUAUCAAGCAAAUGUCAUCUUCUGAAGGUGUCAUUGUCGAAGAAGAACAAGACGUUAACGGUGUCAAGUUCGAUCUUGUCUUUGCUAAAUAAGUUAACAAAUAAUUUUUCCUCUUUUUUGUUUAUUCACUCCCCUCUUCUCUCUCUUUUUCCCCAUUGAGACUCAUCCAUUUUUACCAUGAACAUAUCAACCUUUUUUUUUAUCUAGAAAAUAAAAAUGAAAACUGU